AUGGCCCGAUUCUUGGCUACUCAGAAGGUAAGGACUUAUAAUAAAAUAAAUAUAAAAAUUAAUUAAGCUUUUUUAACUAUUAAGGCACUUCUAACCCUUCAACUGUACAUAUUAUCUUAUUAAACUAAAGAUUUUAUUAAAUGCCUAGUAGCAGUACUAAUCUUUUUGCUAUUUUCAGUGGAACGAGAUGGUCGUGGAGCUCUACAAUAAGACUCCACGCGUCGCCGGUGGAAGCCGUCAUCCAGACGCUUUCACGGGACGAGACGCCACCGACACAGUGUUCCGUGCAGCCCGGAGGCUGUUCCCCGACCGCACGGUGAAGCGCGUGAACGGUAUCAGAGUGCUUCAGCAGAUGCUGAAGCAAAUGAUCAUUGAGAAUGAAAGAGGCGUCAAAGACGACCUCUUUAUAGACCACAGCUCGGUCUAUUACAAGUAAGUUAUCUACUGUAAAAUAUUAAUAGUAAAACGCUAAUUAUGGCUUUUUAGUGAUUAAGUUUUAUAAGGUAUAGUUAUACAUUAUCAAAUUUGAUUUUUAUUAAUGUACCUAUUUUUUAGAUUCACAGCGUACGGGGUAGACAAGUACAUCCCGGACUGCUCAGAAGAGUUCAGAGCACGAGAGGCCGAAGCUGUCGAAUUUAAAGAAAAAAGUCGGCGAUCAGGCAGUCUCGUGGCCAACAUAAGGUAAGAUAACAAAACCAAUCAAAUAAAACAAAUAGUAUAAAGUAAAUAACUAAAAAUCAUGUAUACUGUACUUUUAUGUAAAUAUUUAAAUAUUCAUUUUUUUUGUUUCAGAAACCGAUGCCGCAGGUUUCUGUCGACGGAACGACAGGCCACGUUGGACAAGGAGAACGUGGAGACACCACCGGUGAGACUCUUAUCUUCCCGGUGCAUGUCUCCACAAAUACAGCGCUUCAGGCCGUACGUGAACGUCAAAGACGAUCACAAUCGUUCUGUGGCGGCCGCGUUCGGAUCGCUUAGCUGCGUGCCCCGAUCUCGGCGACAAGUGCACGCCGAGCAGCGAAUGUCGGCAAACUUGACGGCGCUGUCGUUGAACGAUGGGCCGAAUCGAGCGGUGACUGACGCCCCAUUGCCGCGAAGAUUUGGUGGAGCAAAGAGGAAGCUUCGGUCGGUUUCUACCUCUUCAACCGACCGGUUUUUUACAAAGAUAAAGCAAAGAGUUCUAAACAAAGAUUAA